AAGGCUUUCAGUAACAUCUGAGGGUGGUCUGUAACCAACAGGCAUGGGAAACAGCUCUUUUUGGGAUGAUCUGAACAGCACCUGCAGCAAGGCAGGCAACAGCUGCUACCUGGACAACAGCAUGAGGUUCAACUUCUCCUUCCAAGAGCAGGCAGCUGAUUUCUAUGUUGUCCUCCCCGUGAUUUACUCCGUGAUCUGUGCUGUGGGGCUCACAGGCAACACUGCUGUCAUCUAUGUGAUCCUCAAGGCCCCCAAGAUGAAGACUGUGACAAACAUGUUCAUCCUGAACCUUGCUAUAGCCGACGACUUGUUCACACUUGUCUUGCCCAUUAAUAUUGCGGAACACCUGCUCCGCUACUGGCCCUUUGGAGAGGUCCUCUGCAAGAUCAUCUUGUCCAUAGACCACUACAAUAUCUUCUCCAGCAUUUAUUUCCUAACAGUGAUGAGCAUAGACAGGUAUCUGGUGGUACUGGCUACAGUCAGGUCCAAGAGGAUGCCCCAUCGUACGUACCGAGCAGCCAGGAUUGUCAGCCUGUGCAUCUGGAUCCUGGUCACCAUCAUAGUUCUCCCUUUCAUCAUCUUUGCCAACGUCUACACCGAUGACCUGGAGAUAAAGAGUUGUGGUCUCAAUUUCCCCAAGCCUGAAAGGUUUUGGUUCAAAGCCAGCAGGAUCUAUACCCUCAUCCUUGGCUUUGCCAUUCCAGUAUCCACCAUCUGCAUCCUCUACACCAUGAUGCUCUACAAGCUAAGGAACAUGCACUUGAACUCUAACGCUAGAGCCCUGGACAAAGCCAAGAAGAAAGUCACUAUUAUGGUCUUCAUAGUCCUGGCUGUGUUCCUCUUCUGUUGGACCCCCUUCCACUUGGCCACCAUUGUGGCUUUGACCACCGACUUGCCCCAGACCUCUGUGGUCAUUGGUAUAUCCUACUUCAUCACCAGCCUGAGCUAUGCUAACUCAUGCUUGAACCCUUUCCUGUACGCUUUCCUGGAUGACAGUUUUCGGAAAAGUUUCCGGAAGCUGCUGGAAUGCAGAACUUCUUGAACAGUGGCUUGGGGAUCACAGAUCCUUUCCCUCCCAGGGCUUUGCAGGGGCAGCUUCACAGACUGAAGGGGUGGCCAAUGAAUGCACAAUGUCCGUUCUGGCGUUUACAAGUGUUUGUGUGUGUCUGUUUGUAAUGCUCAUCAUCCACAGUUUGUCCUGCUCCCUUGCAGCUCUUAUUUCCCCUCUUUGCUCCUUCCAGCUCCUCAGAGUUGCAUUUCUGUAUUUUUAUUUUUAAAUACACACCCUGAGUUAUUAAGGACAGAAAACUUCCUUUCAGAGGUGCAUUUCUACCACAUAGUGGUCCUUUAUUGCC